GUGUGAUUAUUCGCGCCCGUAGGAACAGCAGAAGGGAGGCUGAGCUGAACUGAGGGGAAACACCGCGACUGUUUUACUUCAUUUUGAUUAAAUUCAGCCAUAAACCCUCACACUGAAGAGUCAAAAAGUGAUGUGUUAACAUGGCAGAUUCAGGAACAGCAACUAAAGCAGUGGAUGCAGCUGAGAGUCCAACUGACGACGCCUACAUGGGCCCUUAUGAGCGCUCAGUAAGAUACGUGGAGAACCAUAAUAUCCUUCAGAUAUAUCAGGAAAUCACAGAGAACCUGCUUUAUGAAAGACCAGCUGACCCUUUACACUUCAUGUUAGAGCAGAUACAGAAGAUGAUCCAGUCACGUGAAGCUUCGAUAACGAAGUAGGAUUCUCAGGAACGUGGCUUUGCAUUAUACAAUAAAGAGCAGGUUAACCUCA